GCGAUGAGCCCUCGAAGCUAACGGAGCUCGCAACAAAUAAGAAGAGGUUGUGUUUGGCCAUGGAGAAUGUAACGAGUGUGAUGGUGGACUUCCUAAACAGUUCCCUGAACCAGACGGAGGAGUUGAAGCCAAUGCCCCGGAACACUCUGGAGUACCAGGUGGUCACCAUACUGCUGGUGCUGCUGAUCUGCGGCAUGGGGAUCGCUGGCAACGUGAUGGUGGUCCUGGUGGUCGUGAAGACCAAGCAUAUGAGGACCCCCACCAACUGCUACCUGGUGAGCCUUGCCAUCGCCGACCUGGUGGUCCUGCUGGCGGCCGGCCUGCCUAACAUCACGGAGAGCGUGGCCGCCUCCUGGGUCUAUGGGUACGCGGGUUGCCUGUGCAUCACCUACCUGCAGUACCUGGGCAUCAACGCGUCCUCCUGCUCCAUCACCGCGUUCACCAUCGAGCGCUACAUCGCCAUCUGCCACCCCAUCAAAGCCCAGUUCAUCUGCACCGUGUCCAGAGCCAAGAAAAUCAUCGCCUUCGUCUGGGCCUUCACCUCGGUGUACUGUGUGAUGUGGUUCUUCCUCCUGCACAUCAAGCAGAUCCCGCACCUGGACGGCACCGAGGUAGUCUGUGACUACAAGGUCUCCAGGAGCCACUACCUGCCCAUCUACUUUCUGGAUUUCACCAUCUUCUACGUGAUCCCGUUAUUCCUGGCCACCGUCCUGUACGGGCUCAUCGCCCGGAUCCUCUUCCUCAACCCCAUCCCCAACACCCCACAGGACAUGGCCAACAACUCAAUCCACAAGGGUCGCUCCAACACCCUCAAGACGACCGGCGGCCGCAGCAAGGGCGCUCAGUCUUCAAGGAAGCAGGUCACACAAAUGCUGGCUGUGGUAGUUAUCCUUUUUGCCCUCCUGUGGAUGCCCUACCGAACCUUGGUGGUGGUCAACUCUUUCAUGAGUGCCCCCUACCUGAACACUUGGUUCCUGUUGUUCUGCAGGUUGAGCAUUUACCUGAACAGUGCCAUCAACCCCGUCAUUUACAACCUAAUGUCACAGAAGUUUCGGGCUGCCUUCAAAAAACUGUGCAAGUGCAAGCAGGCAGAGGCAGAGAAACCCACUGCCUACAACGUUCCUGUUUAUUACAGUGUGAUGAAAGAUACUUCACACGAAAGUCCUGACCAUGACCUAACGGAGCAAGAGGACAUCAAUGGAUAUCCAAUUUCCAACAAGGAGAUGCAUUUCAAUCAUUCUUGUGGCCAGAAGAAGUGAUAUUCAUCCCAAAACUAGCAUGAAAAAAAUUAAAUGUUUAAGAAGGAACUGCAGAUGCUGGAAAAUU